AUGAUUUUUGUUCUUUUUGCUAUCUUUUCCUUUCUCGUUCUCUCCGGGCAAGUUGAGUACAUUCAAGGGAGAGCACCUCGCUUGUCACACGAAGCGGUACCUUUGCACUUGCACACGAACGCGCAGAAAGGCACAUGCAUAUUUACCUACAUCACCUUCACGAACAUGAGAACGCAUGCGCCAGGCGUUCCAUAUUCAUAUGAAGAGGGAAAGGGAUGGCGGCCAGAUUCAUAUUUGUUUCAGUUUUCGUUCUGUCUCUAUUGCCAAAACACGGAACGCAAGAUGCACAGGCGCAGAUACGCAGACUUGCGCAAAGUGGUUUGUUCUUUUGCUGUGCGUGUGCUUCAUUCAUUUUUCUUCGUCCUUUUCUCUUUUCAUCUCAACCCCACCCUUGAGGUUUCUUUUCGUUUCUUAUUGGCUUUUAUUUCUGUUACAUCCUCAUCCACUGUUCAUUUUCUUUUUCUUUCUCGUCAUCGCAGAAGGGAUAAUUCUUUUUCUUUUUGCGCUCGAUGUAGUUCUUCGUCUUCUUCUAAUUCUUCUUCUUCAUUUUUUUUUUCUUCUUUUUCUUUUCUUCUUCUUUUCUUCUUCUUCUACCAACCUCUCAAUUCCUUUCUUUCUUUCUUUCUUUUUCACCAUUCUUUUUUCUUUUUCUUUCUUUCUUUCUUAAUUCUUUUUUUUUCUUUCUUUCUUCACCAAGAUAGGAAGAGAUCAAUUUUUCUUUCUUUUUUUCUUUUGAAGAAACGUUUUUUUAACUUUCUUUCUUUUCUUCACCAUUCUUUUUCUUUCUUUCUUUCUUUCUUUUCUUUCUUUCUUUCUUUCUUUCUUUCUUUUCCAUUCUUUUUCUUUUUUCUUUCUUUCUUCACUUUUUUCUGGCUUCCUCGCAAGAAUUUCUUUUUUUAUGUCUUUCUUUUGUUCUCUCUUCACUCUUCAGUUUUCAUCCUAAAUCCUCCAAACUUUUACCUUCUCUCUAUACUCCUUUUAUUUAUUAAACUUCCUUUUAUUCCUUUUUUUCUUUCUUCCUUCCCCAAAUUCCUUCCUUCCCUCUUUCCUUCCUUCCUUCUUGCUCCCUCCUUCCUUCCUGCAUUCCCUCCUUCCCUCCCAUCCUAUUUCUCUCCUUCCUUCCUUCCCUCCUUUCUUCCUUUAAUUCCUUCCUUCUUCCGUCCUUCCUUCAUCCUUCCUAUUUCCUCUCCUUCCUUCCUUCCUUCAUCAGUUUUCCCCCCUUCCUUCCUUCCCCUUCCUUAUUCCUUCCCCUUCCUUUUUCCUUCCUUAUCAACCUUCCUACCUUCCUUCCCUCCUUCUUUUCCCUCCUUCCUUCCCUCCUUCCUUCCUGGAAUCUUCAGGCCCCCAACUUUGUUCCUUCCUUCCUUCUUCCUUCCUUCCUCCUUCCUGCUCCCUUUUCCUUCCUUCCCUCCUUCCUUCCUUCCUCAUUAUCCUUUUUUAUCAUACUAUUGCUUCAUCUUUCUUGUUUUUAACAUUUUUUCCUUUUCUUCUUUAUAUCUUCGUUGUCGUCUUUUCCUUUUAACUCCCUUCUUCUAUUUAAUUUGUAUUUUCUUUUCCAAUUUCUUUCCUUUCUUCUAA